UUAUAAAAUACUCUGGGGUUCCCAGAGGAAAGAAAACUCCACAGAAAUACAAAACUUGUAUAGGUUUUUGAAUGUUUUUUUUAGAGUAGUACAAACCUGGGGUUAAGUAUGUGGCAUUAUCUUUAGUGCUUGCUAAAUCACUUAUUGCUGCCUGUGUAACUGUUUGCUCUUGCUGGAAUUGCAUUUAUUGAAAGAAUGUUGAAGAUUUUCACUCAGCAGACCAAAGCCUCUCUGUGAAGGAAGCUUACCAGCUGGAGAGAGCAAGGAUGAAUGAAAAGCCCUCUGGAUGUUCACAGCCUGUGCUCAAGUCCUGUCUUAGCUUGUGGGAUGCUGAGAUGAAUUCCUUGGAACAGCCAUGUUCUCUGGCUGAGCUAGAAAGCAUGAAGCAUGCACAAAGCAUGGUAUGCAAACUAUUCUGAAGUGAUGCAGAACUGCCUCCUUCCACCCCACACGUGAGGAGAACUGGGAACUGGCACUCCCACCACAGGAUCAGAGCACAGGGCAUGGCUCAGAAACCUAGUUUGUCAAGGCAGAGCAGAACUGGUAGGAAAAGACAUGAUUUAGGAGCACAAUAAAUUUAUGGGGAGUAAUGGACAGUGGGAUAGAAAGGUGUGGGAGGAUGUUAGAAAAUUAGGAGUUAUGUCCACACAAUCAUGGCAGAUGAAGGUGUUGCUGCCAUAGCCCCACAGUGAUAGAUAGACUUGAACAGAUUAAAUUCAGGAUUAUCUGUUCUGGAAGAUGGGUUUAUUUCCUGCACAGCAAUUUGUGUACACACACAUUUUUUCUCAGCAGUGGUGAAUUUCACCACCAUGCAAAUAAAUACCUACUUGUAGAGUGCUGUUGAAAAUUAGUAUUUCACAUCCAAUUUCCCAAAACAGAGAUUUUUUUUUCCUGGUUAUGUACCUAACGUGUUCAAAUUUUGAAAGACAAGAUCUAAAUAUGGUAGUAGUAAAAGCUGUUAAGUUUCUUUACCUGUUGUAGUUAGUCAGGGCAAUGUUUUAGAGCACAGUGCAGCAGCUCCAGUCGUGUGUGCACUCUUUCUCAGUGACUAAAAUACUUCCUGAGAACAUUACCAGCUAAACUCAAAAGAAUUCCCUGUCAACAGCAAAUAAUGGUCCCAUUGUCACAGAGAUAAUAAAUUGUAAUAAUUCCUACGUGCCUUUAAAGUGAUAAACUGCUUGUAUCAUCCUGUAUAUUCAAAUGCAUAUUUGAACUUGAAUUUUUAGUCUUUCUGGUUUAAAAAUAGGACAUUUUUAAACACUGGUUAAUGAGUCAGGCAGCCUCAUACUACAGCCCUGGCCCCAGAGGGUGUCUGAGGCUCUUGGGCACUACAGUCAGUAGUUUAUUAUCUACUUCAGCAUUAAUGUUUCAUGUGAGUUAAAACGUUGUGGGGAGAGGGCAGGGCAGUGAGGAAACAGUAUUCCAGUGAGGAAUGGAAGCACCUUGCCUUCCCUGCCUCCUGCACCAAGAUAGAUUUAUAGCUCCAUUUCCAGAAUUAACUUCUCUCUCUUCCCAGCUCCUACUCUAAUAAUUUUUGAUAUCGAAGUUCUGUCACUCUGAAAUGCUCAUUCAAUUGCUUUGAGACACAGGGCUUGGCUGUGCUGCACUUCCCCAACUGCAAAAUCCCCCACAUUGCUCUGAUGGAGGGCUGGCUUUAAACAAGGCUCACAGCUGAAGCUGCUCCUGCAGGGAUGCCUGAGAGCCAGGGGAAGGACAGUGAGAGCAGCAGCAGCUGCUGCUCCAACACUUUGGACUCAGUGGCUUCCUUUGGACAGUACCAGUACACAGCCAGCGAGUACCGAGCCAUCCAGCACGCUCUGCGGCAGAGGCUGGGCCCAGACUACAUCAGCAGCCGGCAGGCAGGAGGAGGGCAAAAGGUCUGCUACAUUGAGGGCCACAAGGUCAUCAGUCUGGCCAAUGAAAUGUUUGGCUUCAAUGGCUGGGCUCAUUCAGUCACUCAGCAGAAUGUUGACUUCGUUGACCUCAACAAUGGCAGGUUCUAUGUGGGUGUCUGUGCUUUUGUGAAAGUUCAGCUUAAGGAUGGGUCAUACCAUGAAGAUGUGGGAUAUGGAGUCAGUGAAGGCCUGAAGUCUAAAGCCUUGUCCUUAGAAAAGGCAAGAAAGGAGGCAGUAACAGAUGGGCUGAAGAGAGCACUCAAGUGCUUUGGGAAUGCUCUUGGGAACUGCAUCCUGGACAAGGACUACCUGCGAGCCGUGAACAAGCUUCCCCGGCAGGUACCCCCUGAGUUAGACUUGGUCAAAGCUAAGAUACAGGACUAUGAGCCUGAGAUAGAGAAAGCAAGAUACAGCAGCUAUGUGGAAAGGCAGAACACAGCAGGGAGGCAGCACUGUGAGGUGACACCUGGCUGUAAGCCUGGCCAGACAGAGGCUGCUGUAGUGACAGCAGGUCAGAAACAGCCCAAUGCUCCCAGAAGCACAGACUCCCUGGCCAUGGAGUGUGAUGCCACUUACCAGAGGAAGCUGCGCCAGAAGCGGCUGCAGCAGCAGUUCCGGGAGCAGAUGGAGAAAAAGCAGAAGGUCGCAGAAGUUACUCCCAGCAGCAAACAGGCGACAUCUGAUCCUGCUGUAGAGCACAGCACUGCAGCAGAAGUGCAACAGGAGCUGGCAAUAGAAGAGGAGUUCUUUGCAGAUGAUCCUGAACUUUGGGACAUUUCCUUGGAGAGCAUGGGUGCCAAAAUACCAGAGCCCUCCUCAGCUGCACACCAGGCACCUGAGACACCCAGUGGCCAUCAGCAGAUGAGCACUCGCAGCAGGACACCCCGCAGGGGCACCCAGCACAAAGCUGCUGCCAGGCUGGCACAGCUGCAGCCCCCUGCUGCAGCCCCCAGCACCAGCUGUGCCCACCAGCACACCCCAGCAGGGCACAGCCCACUCGUGAGAAGUCAGAGCUUGAAGAAAAGGAGGCUGGAACCUUUGUGAGGCACCUUGUGGGAUCUGUGCCUCUGUCAUGGAUUACAUCACAAGGCUGCAGCUGGCUUUCCAAAUUGUGUCACAUGGACUCUGCUGUACAUUGUGGUGAAGCAACAGAGAAGAGUUUCAUACAAUCAGCAAGAACUUCACGUACUCUUAAAUUAUUAUGUAUCUCAGAUGCAUUUUUUAUAACCAUGCCAUUACUUGUGCUCUGCAGCACGAGACUUCUGGCGGAUAUUACUUGUAAAUUGUAAGAGAAUGAAUUGUUUAAAAUGAGAUGUAAUUAAUAGCUUGUCUCUCCCUUGUCUCAGUGCUGCAUUCCAGCACAGAGACGAGAGAGUUUUAGUAGAAUGGGGAGCAGGGGGUGGUGGCCAGGGGACAGAAGGUACAAGCUGUGGCUGUGGCUGAGGUGCAUCCCCCCUUUGCCCCGUGUGUGCAUGGCCGGGGCAGAGCCCCUCGUUCCCGAGCCUGUUCCCAUUCCCAAGCCUGUGCCUCAGGGCAGGAGCAAGUCAGGGCUGCUGCCAGCCCGCACACAGCAGCCUGCUCCAGUCCUUUGGAACAUGAAUGGGAGCUGCGCUGCUGUUUUUAAACACGUUUUCAACCCUUUUCAAUACAGAAAUAAACAUGAAUUUAAAAACCAAACCCCGCUGGGAGCUGUUCGUGCCUCUCUGCCCUGCCAGCCAUUCCACCUCCUUCCCUGCUGAAGAUGAAGGGGCAGCACUGCACCUGCACGGCCUCCUUUGCUUUAGGAUGGGCAAACAGAAAACUCACAGGGGUCAGGGGCUACUGCAAAGCCAAAAGCUGGUCCGUCCUUCUAAUGAGCAGGCCAAAGGAAGAAUUUGUAAGCAGUGUUGGAAGAACACUCCCUUCUCCAUGUCUCGAGCAGCUCCGUGCAGGAAGGGAGGAGUUCUGGGCUGGCCGGUUCUGUCCCGUGCAGUUCCGGGCAGCACCAGGGCAGGGCUCAGGCUCCUGUGGCAGGAGUGGUGCCGCUGUCCCCUGCAGGCCGUGGUGGGAGGCAAGAAUGAUGCCACAUCUGGAAGUUUAGAGGAAAACCAGGAAAAUUUACACAAACUUUGGGACUAGGCCAACCCUGACAUCAAUUUCGGGCCUCAAACGGGACCUUACUGCCAUGGUUUGCCUCACUGCUCUGUCUUAAAUGUCUAAAUGUCUAAAAGACAUUUGGAAUAUUCAGCAUUUAUUCCUCUUUCUCCUACUCUGUCUUCAUCACUUAAUCAGUCCUCUUCCCUUAAAAGAUCCUUUACUAUCCAGGACAAAGAACAGGGACUGACUUCAGCAUGGAAAGACAGGACAAGCCGUAAUUAACAGUAAUAGAUUAAAUCUAGAAAGCAGUUCCACAUUUCCCCUUACUUGUUUCUGGCCAAUUCAGUGCUGCCUCCAGAAAAGCUCAGGGAAGAAGCACAUUCCACAUGUUUGAGUCAUACCCUCGCUGUUGAAACCAUAUACCUGCUUAGGAAGGGAGCAGACCUUCCCAACUACUGCAUUCAAACUGCCCCAAACCUUUGCAAUGAAAAAAAAUUCCCAAGUCUGAAACAGAAAUGCAACAGCCUCAGUUUCCUUGGCUCUGCAAACAGUUCAAAUAUUGCUGUGCCUCCUCUAACAUGGUCACUGCCAUGAGCCUCUCGGGAUUGGUCCCUUUGAAAAGGGCAGGAAAACUUCUACUGGGAGCUUUUUUUCCCUUCCAGGCUUGCGCAGCAUGACUCAUAACAGAAGCUGUUCUUAAAAUGGAAAGAAAUGCUGCAGCAAUUAAGUGUUUAGAAAUACCAAAUUCCUGUAAGUCUGCAGUUGAGAGUGACGAUGUGAAGUUGCUCACUCUUGACCAUUCCAGUUCCAAUCCGAGGAUUGGAUUCCUCUUUUAAGGUGGUUGAGGAGUCCCUUCUCCCAGCCCUGCAGGAUGGAAGCACAUCCCUGCUCACAUCCAGGCCAGAAGGGCCAGAAGGGCAGAGGACCUGCCAGGACACUCCCUCCCUCCACCUCUGCUUCCACGGGGACAGCCACCAACUGUGGAAAACACAACUAACUACAGCCAGGGAAGCCCAAAGUUUCAAUUAAUUUUAUUUUUUUUUAUUUUUAUUUUUACAGUGUACAUUGUUAAAUAAUGUAAAGAAAACGCUUGUAAUUCAGAAACAGAUUUUAUGUGGAAAAAGAUACUCAAAGUGUAAUAUUAAACAAAAUAAUUUAACAGUUCAGUAGCAUUAGUUUAUUCCUCUAGACUUCAGUUAUUUAUCCACAGGAGGAGAGGGAGGGAGGAAAAAAAAAAUCAAUGGUAAAUAAAACCAGUUCUUGCAUAACAUUAAGUGAAAAAACGACCUCAAACUUAUUAGAUCAAAUUUAAAUAACCAUGUGCUGCAUCCAGCUGACCAGUUUCUCUGCCAUGAAUAUUGCCCUUGACUCAUUACUGCCUCAGCUCUGUCCCACUCCUGUUUCCCUGGGCGUGCUCAAGAGCCUCCCCUGCACCCAUGCAUCCUUUCAGAGGUUCCUGCCUGACCUCAGCCCCGGGCCCGCUGCUCUCCCGCUCCCCUCGAGCCUCCGGAGCCUCCCGUGUGCCCCUGGAGCUCCAGCCUGUGCCUGAACCUCUCCCGGAGCUGCUCCUCUCCAGCCCGGGCCUGCCCUGCUGCCACACCUGCUGCAAAACAAAGGACAGGAGCACAAAGCAUCUCGCACGUUUCUUUGUGAAAAUGGAAGAGUGAGAACAUCUGCAGACACAAAAAGUCCCUGUUAAGGCCCCAGCAGGGAACAGGCUCUGAGAUUAAAACAAACGUGGACAAGAAACACCCCUGUGAUGCACCAGCCUCCAGGACACUGGUGAGCUGCUCCCAAGCACCAGGAAAGCUGCACCCUCAUCCUUCACAGCUUUUUGCAGCACUACAGAAAUACUGGCUGGUAUUAUUUUGACUUUGAAGAGGAAACCAGUAUUUCUUAAAUACGAAAAGGGAGAAUGACCAAA